AUGGAGGAAAUUCAGCACAAGUACAUAACCGUACAAGGCCUAAAGCUCCACGUAGCCGACAUCGGAACAGGUUCCAACGUGGUCGUGUUCCUGCACGGCUUCCCGGAGAUUUGGUACUCGUGGCGGCACCAGAUGAUUGCUCUGGCCCGCGCCGGCUUCCGGGCCAUCGCGCCCGACUACCGUGGAUACGGACUCUCGGACCCGCCUCCCCAACCCGAUAAGACCUCCUACCGUGACCUUGACAGUGACCUCCUUCGAAUUCUUGAUUCCCUUGCUAUUCCUAAGGUUUUUCUCAUCGCAAAAGAUUUUGGAGCUCGGCCAGCAUAUACAUUUGCUCUUCUACAUCCCGAGAGGGUCUUGGGAGUUGUGACAAUGGGAGUGCCGUACACGCUGCCAGGCCCUCAUGCAUUCGAGAAACUCCUGCCUGAAGUUGGUCUUGGUUAUCUGUUCAGUGUCUGCACACGCACGACUUGCUUGAGAGAGCCUGGCAGGGCAGAGGCUGAUUUUGGGCGACUUGAUGCGAAAACAGUUGUCCGGAAUGUUUACAUCCUGUUCUCCAGAAGUGAAAUACCAAUAGCUGCAGAAAACCAGGAGAUCAUGGACUUGGUGGAUCCAUCUACCCCUCUUCCCCCUUGGUUCACGGAGGAAGAUCUUGCAGCAUAUGGAGCUUUGUAUGAGAAAUCGGGCUUUCAAACUGCACUGCAAGUUCCAUAUAGGGCACUUAGAGAAGACCCCGGCAUAACCGAUCCAAUUGUUAAAGCUCCGGCGCUUUUCAUAAUGGGAGGCAAGGAUUAUGUGUACAAGUUUCCCGGGAUGGAGGAUUAUAUAAACACUGGAAAGGUGAAACAAUUCGUCCCUAAGUUGGAGAUUGUAUUUCUGCCUGAAGGAACACAUUUCGUGCAAGAACAGUCACCAGAAGAGGUUAAUCAGCUGAUCAUCACCUUCCUUGGAAAGCACAUUUGA